GUGCUUCCAGAGGUUAAUUCCAUAGCUGUUAAGGGGUACAACAUGUCCUACUGCCUGCAACUCCCUCCCGUGGGCCUUUGUCUCAGAUCCAGCUACCAUUCAGACUCAAGAUCCCUGCAGGCUACACUGGGCAUGGCAUUUACUUUGAAGGCUGUCAGACAGGAAAUGGCCUGGCUGCAGGGCAGCAGGAAGCAGCCCUCUUCAGGAGUAGGAGGGCAGUCCUCGCAGAGCCUCCAGUCAUCUAUCGGUCAUGGGAGUUAUUCUCCUUGGUUGCCCAGGUGACAGCUCAGGUACAAAGGGAUGAGAUACAUGAGGGAGAAGGGGGUUGGUUCACUGUGGCUUAGAGGCAUCAUUCCCCAAAGGAGCUCAUAUCUCUUUGAACAACUCAAGAGGCACAGCUUUCACGGACCCCAAAAGCCACAUACGCAACUGAGUCAUUACACAUAGGAAGCCCAACAUUAUGGCUUUUUAACAAGUGUUUAUAGUUCACACAGAAAACUUCAAGUGCAGAUAAUUUACAAUUAGGAAUCAUGUUUACCAUAAGUAGUGCUGCACUGAAACAGCUGACAUACUUUUAUCUGGUUUCCAGACAAAACUAGAAAGGUAACCAGAUGUCAAGUUCUGCAGGAAGGGAGAGGAUUAUUCACACUGCCAUAACCUCUGGGGUCAAAACUAAAUGUUGUUUAAGAAAAAAAAAAAACCCUCAACUUUGGAAAUUGUUUCAAAAGCCAAGCCUUCUAAUAGUGACCCAGAAUCAUUAGCAGCACUCGCACUGGCCUCAGACCCAGCGCACACAUGCUGCAGUGUUGGAGAGACCGCUCCAUGAACCCCAGCAGUCCAGUAGCCCACCAGGUGGAAAGGCACAGGUGACAGAGGUCUCGUGGCACCAGCUUCAUGUGCUCACCCUCAAUGCUCGGACAGGGAGAUGACACUGACUUUGUGCUGAGCUCAGGAGGGAAACACCAAACACCUGGGGAGGUACCAGAGCUCUAGGCCCCACCUAAGGCCGAAUCCACGGGAGGGCAGGGCAUUUUUCUGGAACACUCUGCCCUCCCCAGCCAUGGCUCCUCCCUGCCUCCUGGCCAUGGACUGCAUUGUCCAGACACUCUUUGUGAGGGUCUUGUGGGACUCCCUAAGAUCGAUCCCUGAGGUGUAGCACUGGUGGGCCAAAUGGACACACUGUUCCUGCCCUCACACUGGUGCUAUACUCCCUCGUUGGGAAGAGCCUGAAGGUGAAUCCCUCCUUCUUUACCACCAAAACGAAAAGUGUGGGAAACCUUGAGAAAAGGUUCCCGACACUUCUUCCCUCAGCAGCCCUCAGCUUUUUGCAGCCUCUUUACCUAAGUACCCUGAGUCACUGGACAUGGUCUUGCCACCACAUUCCAUCAGGGCAGCGCCACAGCUUCCGGCCUCCAGCCCAGGGGCAGUCACAGCUGAGCAUCAGAACUGUGGCUCUGUGCAGUGCCAAAGCGACCGCAGGUGCCCACAGAGGCUGGCAGCCCACAGUACCCAGGGCACAGACACUAGGAUGGAGCCACUCAAGUCAGAGAUACUCUGCAGUAGCUGGAGCUGGGCCCUGUCAGAAGCCAGGUGGAGAUCCUCAGGCUGAAGGCAGCACGCCGGGGAGGGCUUGAGACCAAGGGAGGCUGGAGUGAUGUGGGUCCCAGGACCUGGAAAGCUGUGUCUGUAACUCCCCUCCCCAGAGUUCACUCUUCUUGAUCAUCCUUGUUCUCUCCUGCACCUGGCUGGGCUUAUUCCUCUUCCCUAUCCCUCUGCCCCUUGACUAACCUUCCUGGGCAAACAGCACAGACUGUGACGUGGGAGCUGUGAAGAGGGGAUGGCAUCCCUGCUGUGGGCUCAGGUAUUGUGGCCAUGUGGGCCACCCAGUGGACACUGUCCAGAUAACAUGAAAAGAGGCCGUCCACAGUGGCUCAGCUCUCUGACCCUCAUCUUUGGGCCCCACCUCACAUUCAUAAAGAGGCUUAAAUUCUAGGGUUUUUUUCCUUCAGUUCAAGAUGAGGUUUGUCAGUGAGGUCACAGACGUCCAGCAAGAGGGUUAGCGGGGCUGCUUAUCCCCCAGCUCGGAACCCACCACCCCGAGCUGCCUGCAGAGGACCUAUACUUUCUAAUACUAUGACCCAAUACUAGAGAGCCAGAGACACCGUAAAUAACCGUCAUCUUAUAUUUAUGUAUUUAAAAGAUGGUUCAUAAAUGUAUUUAGUGCUUACCAUGAAAGACAAUUUUUACCCCCAUCUCCAAAACGAAGUAGAACUGAUAUUCAGCUCACAGAAGGCUGUUAAAGGCGCCAGAGAAAUACGUGAUGCAGUGGCUUAAAGACACUGCCAGGAAGAGUGGGGAAAGCUUCUGCACUGAAGUCAAUUUGGGAAAUGUCAUACAGAUCAGCCACCCAAUAGCAAGGCCUCUAGGUAAGUAGGGAGAACGCCUCCGGUCCUGUUCAGGUGUUUCGUCUGUCAAGGUGCUUCUCCUGGCCAGCUGUGUCUGCACAGUUCAACACGACUUGAGUUAGCCAUCUCAAAACAGCUACAGCCUCAGUUGCUGUGAGGGCACCUCAUGGAUGACAGAGGCAAGAAAGGCUUGAGGGAGAGGGGGUGAGGCAGGGGGAGCUUGGAGCCUUCAUUCUCUAACCCUAAGAGCUGUGGACACAGAGCCAAGUCCAACCUGGCUGCUGCCCGGGCAUGCAAGGAGAAGGCACCGAACGCACUCUCCCCAGAGCCUCGCACUGCCACCAGUUGAGGCCUGUGCCCCUCUCUUCCCUGCACACCAUAGCCUCUCUUCUUGAGUGCCCUACCCAAACUACUGCCUAGGAAUCAAACAUUCGGUAACAUCUUCAGAAAGGCUGCUUACAAGGAAGGCAACUUCUCUACGCUGUCAAACAGCUUCCUUAGUUGAAGCAUCUAACUCUGGCCCUGUCCUUACUGCCCCCAGUCGGGGCUUUCAGAAGCAGUGUGGGCAAGUGCUGCCAGCCUUCUGCAGAAUGAUGAGCACUGGUCAGUCCUGUGCUGAUAAAGGCUGUGUGUCCCCCAUGUCUUGGUUUCUCAAACAGCAGGUAACAACCUCAUCUUUCCAAAGAUAGCUGUGCCUGACCUAUUUUUCAGGACUCUUCUGGACAGCAGCCUCUGUCUCCAGCACAGAGAAGGGCCUGGCCUCAGGGGCCCUCCAUGUGCCUCCUGCUCCAUCUUGGGAGCAGCAGGGCCCUGUCAGCACUCAGUAGAGCCUGGGAUUGGUGACUGAAGAGGGAGGUGGAGGAAGGCAGCAGCGCUGAAAGAGGUGGCAACAGGUGACCUGCAUGGAAACUGGAGCCUGCAGAGACAUCACAGAGCGGGGGAAGUGUCUUCAGCUCUCAAAUUCUGGAAGCUGUCAGGGGAAGGGAGUCCCACAGCCAAACUGCAUGGUGGGUGGGCUGCUGGGUCUGCUUCCACUGUGUGGUGGGGCCCACAGGGAGCUGAGUUUUCCUGUUGGAUUUCCCACACCCGGCCUGCCUGUGGCUGGCCAAGAAGGCAUUGUUGAGCCUCAUGAGAUCACAAAGGUAGCUGUGCAGGCCCCGCCCAGAACCCUGGUUCUGGCUGUCCCUGUACCAAGCCUUCAAGUGCCCUGAGAGCUACCGGCCGGGGUCGGGGGGCUAUGGGAGCUCAAGGCAGGCACCUCCCAUGCUCCCACAGGAGCCACCAGGACAUGAAGGUCAUAGGCCUCUCCUAUCCUCCUCUUCCUGUUUGACCUGAAUGCCGCCAGGCCGACAGCCUCAAGGAUUCCAUCUGAGAAGAUGCAGGCUGGGUGUGUGGGGAGCAGUAGAGGGACUGGUGUGUGCACAUAUGUGCACAGCUCAGGACAGAGGCUCCCUGGACUUGGGGUGGGGAGCGCCAGGGCACCAACUCUAACCCUCAUUCUGUUCCUCUUGACCUCUGCUCUCUGGACCAAAAAUGGAGGACUCAUUCUAGACUAGGAGUUCUUACGGUCUAGGAGCCCCCUUAAGUUAAAUGUUUAUAUGUAAAGGCCAUUUUUCUGAGAGGCCAUAGCUUUCAUCAGUGUGCCAAAAAGCAUAAGAUCGUCUGCUCUAAAAGCCUUUGCCCCAGCGCUGCCUAGUUUCAGAGCCCCCGAUGGCCUCACAUUGGGUUUUGGAACAGGCAGAGAAGCUACAAUGGGGCCACCAGCCAGUCCUUAGAGUCCUGGGUUAAGGCCUCUUCUCCAGGAGGCCCUUUUUAAAGGGUUUCUCCGUUGCCUGGAGGCAGGAGUGACCUUCUGGUAGGCAGGAAACCCUGAGGGUACCUAGGAGGCCCCUAGCCGGUGGGUUGGGGAAGGAAGACAGGACCCCUGGGGCCACUGAAAUCGUGGAGCUCUCAGAGACCUGAGUUCCGGUCCCUUCUGCCACUCUUUGCGCAGAUCCUCUGUCUUCCCACAGGCCCUGUGUCUUGCUCAGUCCACCUGACUCUGCUUUCCCAUCCUAGGCCUCAGGAGCCGGGACACUCCCUGAGUCCUCUGGGAGCCCUUAAGCCACACUGAAAACACAGACCCUGGGAGAAGCAGCCAGCAGUGAGGAAUCCUGGAACCCCUUCCCAGGGAGAGCCUUCCCAUGACCCCCAUGAAGAGAUCGGUGCAAACACAGGUGUCAGAGCCCUUCACGGAGUGCUGGGGUGAGGAGUCCCUGCCAGAGCUCCCCGCAGAGCAGUCCCUGACUGAGUACUCUGACCUCGAGGAGGCUCCCUCGGCGCGCACUCUCUAUGUGGGCCAUCUGAACCCCCAGUUCUCAGUGCCGGUGCUCGCCUGCCUGCUGCGAGACACCCUGGAGCGGCUGGAGAUGCCGGUGGCGCGGGAGCACAUCGAGGUGGUGAGGCGGCCGCGGAAGGCCUAUGCACUGGUGCAGGUGACUGUCCGCAGGGACACCCUGGCCUCCCUCCCCUGGCGCCUGCAGACGGCCCUGGAGGAGCACCUAAUCCUCAAGGAGCUGGCAGCCCGUGGGAAGGAGCUGCUAUUGAGUGAGGCCCAAGGGCCCUUCAGCCACAGAGAGGAGGAGGAGGAGGAGGACAGUGGCCUGAGCCCCAGCCCCAGCCCAGGCUCUGAUGUCCCGCUGCCCGCCUGGCCUACACACACACUGCCUGAUAGGCCCCAGGCCUGGAAGCUGCACAGCUGCCAGGGCCGGCCCAGUGGUGUGUGCUCUGACAGUGCCAUUGUGCACCAGGAGAUCGUGGGCAAGGACCAGCUCUUCCAGGGUGCCUUCCUGGGCAGCGAGACCCGCAACAUGGAGUUCAAGCGGGGCAGCGGCGAGUACCUGAGCCUGGCCUUCAAGCACCAUGUGCGGCGCUAUGUGUGCGCCUUCCUCAACAGCGAGGGCGGCAGCCUGCUCGUGGGAGUGGAGGACAGCGGCCUGGUGCGGGGCAUCCACUGCAGCCACCGUGAUGAGGACCGCGCACGCCUGCUGGUGGACUCUAUCCUGCAGGGCUUCAAGCCUCAGGUCUUUCCUGAUGCCUACACUCUGACCUUUGUCCCUGUGAUCAGCACCUCAGAGACCAGCGUCCCCCUCAAGGUGAUCCGCCUGACCGUGCACACCCCCAAGGCCCAGAGCCAGCCGCAACUCUACCAGACAGACCAGGGGGAGGUGUUUCUGCGGCGCGACGGGAGCAUCCAGGGCCCGUUGUCCGCCAGCGCCAUCCAGGAGUGGUGCAGGCAGAGAUGGCUGGUGGAGCUGGGCAAGCUGGAGGAGAGGGUGAAGGUGCUGACGAUGGAGAAGGAGCAGCUCCAGCAGCAGCUGCAGCAGCACGGGCCUAUGUCCUGCACCUGCUGUGUCCUGUGAGGGCCCUGGAGAGCAGGCAGGAUGGCGCGGCGCUCUCCACCUGAGACCCAGGAAUUUCCUGUUUGAGCCUAAGGCCGACCCAGUAAAGCCCAUGCAGGCUGCUGAGAGGCGGACAGGGGCUCCUUCAACAUGACACAUGAGCCCAUGUGGUUUCAACCCUGACAGCCCCCAGUCUGUGUAGCCAAGAAAUUGCUCUCAGCCCUGUCCCCAAACGACCUUUCUUUUAGAAAGAACAUGGAUUGUCCCUCUCCCUAAAAUGCUAAUUUGGCCCAGGCUGAGGCCUGUGACUCCAGCUGGCUGGACAGUGCCAGAAGGGAGUCUGUCGUUCCAGGAAAGCCCCUCACAGAUGGUGAGGCAUAUUUGGUGACUGUGGUUACAAGGGCAAGAAGCUACCCUGCAGCCCCUACCCCUGACUUGCUGGAACUUGUGAUUGUCAAAGCUCCGUUAAUAAAUUACAUGCACCUGG